AUGGCCGCAGAUCGGGGAAGUCGUCGCGGCGCCACAAGGGUAGCCCCAAGGCCAGCCGAGGAGGACAUCAGCCCCAACCCCGGGUCCAACGCCAGCAGGAGAGACGCGCCGGCAACAGGACAGACCUCGCCGGGCCGAGAUCUGGCGUGGAAAUCGGACGGGGAAGGGAGCAGGGCGAGGUCGGGCGCGGUGGGGAGAAGGUCGCCGCCAGAGACGCGCCGGCGGAGGGCGGAUCAGCUGUCGGAGGGCACAGAGAACAAGGACUUCAGAUCAACCAUUGCGGCAGUUCCAACAACAUUGCCUCCAAUACCUUCCAUUCCUGCAGUUCCGAAACUGACAAUGCCGCCAAUACCGUUCAUUCCUAUCCCGAAGGUCGCCAUGGCACCAACCGCCCCUGGCACAGUUCCAUCUCUUCCGAUCCCGGCGAUCCCAACCACCAUGCCGACCAUUCCUACUUUGCCUGUUACCAUGCCACCAAUGCCCUCAGUUCCAAUUACCAUUCCAUCCAUUCCGAUUACAACACCAACAACCAUCCCUACCAUUCCUGGGUUCCAGAUGCCACCUAUUCCAUUCAUGUCCCCACCUCCACAAACCACCAGCCCGUGA